CCUCUAACCACUGAUAUGUCACUGUUUUAGAUACUGGUCGCUAUUCUGGUGUCCUGGUUCUCACUGUAGGCUAUAUAAAGUGUUGUUCUCUAGUUAAUAUACGUGUGCAGGGAAGGUGUGAGUGGUGAUAGUAAGUGGGCCGUGUCUAGGGAGGCUGCGGGGGCCCCAGGCUGACCCACCACACUAAGACACGAUUCUCGUAGUGGUUUCUAUUCUAGUGCCUAGGUUUUACUGUAGGCUAUGUAUAGUGUUGUUCUCCUGUUAAUGUAUGUAUGUAGGGAAGGUGUGAGUGGUGAUGGGUUAGUGGGCCGUGUCCCGGGAGGCAGCGGGACCCCAGUGUGACCCAGCAUGCGAAGCCCGGUGCUCUGUGACCUGCAUAUUGUCUCCCGUUAUUGAUACAGGGUUCUGAUUAAUGGUCUGAUCAGUAGUACAUUUAUGCUGUCAUCCACAGUAUAACAUUACUAGUCUUGCCUCCAAAGGUUGAGAAUAUUUUUUUUAUAGCACUUUUCUCACCUGUUGUCAUUUGUUGACCCUUUACUUUUAGGGUAAGUUUUUGGAUAUCAUUUGUUGAUUUCUUUUCAUGUUUUAACAGUUCAGCAGUUUGCUUGUGUCUUGAUGAAUUGUUAUGCUGUGUUGCAUUUUGAGGUCAGUGGUGGCUGUUGUGAGCUCAUUAUUUUUUUUCCUGUUGUGCCUUGUGGCUGAGCAAAGUGUUGUGAGCUCAUUAUUUUUUUCCUGUUGUGUCUUGUGGCCAGCAAAGUGAGCCUUAUCAGGUGGGGGUAUGGUUUCCAUCAUAAAAUGUCAAUCUGUUCAUGAAAGUAAUAGAAAUCUACAGUUAAUUGUGCCGAGAAUGGCUGAUGCAUGAGGACCAGGCACUGGCGUACCGGCUGCAGAAUGAGGAGUAUCAAAGUCAUCUGGUGACCAACCGAGAGCGGAACCAGUUGCUGCGGCAGGACACCCCCAAGGCGCGGGAGGAGCAGAUCAGGGAGGACCAUGAGGCUGCCAUUGCCCAGACAGCCCUGGAGCUUGCCUUGGCCCAGCAGGAAGCUCGAGAUGCAGACUUGGCAGCCAAUUUGUCUCUGCAGCUAAAUGUAAAGGAGUUGGAGAAAAAGCAGCAGCAAGAGGAGGAAGACAUGUUGUAUGCACGCAGUUUGAUGGAACGAGAGAAGGAAUCAAUAAGGCAGGUUCGAGAGCUGCGGCAGGUAGAAAGGGAGGCGGCAUACCUUGGGAUUAAUACUGGGAACGACAAUGUGGCUCUGCUGUCACGCAAAGAGAGGAGGGAGCGAAGUGCCAGUCAGGCUGGAGCAACAAGUGAAGGCUCAGCUCCAGCCAGCAGCAGUGGGGUGUCCUCUGACCUCUCAGAUCUCAGUGACUUCUGCCUGCAGCCUACCAAUGACAUGGAUGAGGAGGAGCAGAGAGCCUUGCAGGAAGAUCAAGAUGCUGAGUUAGCUCGGCUCCUUCAGGAACAGGACGGAAAGAGGCGAGGGGACCUGCUGCACCGGGACCAGCUGCUGGCCAUCGAGGCGCAGGACCGGGAGCUGGCCAAGGUGCUGCAGGAGCAGGAGAGAGCCAAGGCCAAGAAGGCACGUGAAAAGGCCAGGCAAAAGGCUCUUCAGAAAAAGCAGGCAGAAGGAAAGUCACCACUCCCAGAGCCAUCUCCCAGGGUUCGUGGGUCCAGCCCUCAGGAAGGAAGGUCCAGCAGUUCCCCUCUGCAGCCUUUGGACUGCAACUCCCCCGGACCAUCUGGGUAUUCAAAUAACGAGUCACCAGUACCCAGUAAUUACGCUGGCUCCAGCCCAGGCUACUUGUCUCCCGAGUCUCCAAGGGAAGAUGUGGACCAGCAGUGGCAGCAGCCUCCCCGAGGGCAGCGGCUCCAGAGGCCAGACUCUCUUGAUCUCCCUGGAGUGUCACGGUCCACCACAGCCUCCAUCCACCAGGAACCCUCAAGGAAUCCCCACCACAACUUUCCUGUGGUGAAAACAAAUAAACCAAGACUACCUGAUCCAGAAAAUGCUCCUGGUGAAGUCUUUGGUGAGACCAGCAGCAGCAGCAGCAUGGAGCGCAGUCCAGGCAUGGGCUUCACCAACAUAGCGUGUGCCAUUGACCCGACCUAUCAGCGGCGGGUCAUGCGGGGGGAGCUGGCGCCGUCCCCCCAGGCCACCCUCCAGUCUUCCUCCUCGUCCUCCACCACAAGCAGUGGUACAGGAGGUUUGGUAGGAGCCUCUGUCAGCUCACCAAUCUCACCUCUGCCUCCUCCAGUGUUUGAUGACGAUGAGGAGGAUGACUAUCCGGUGCCGCCCUACAUGCCCAUCCAGGGCCAGCGCCGCACUGCCAGCCUGGAGAAGAACCGUAGACCAAAGCCUCCCAAGGAAAAGUCAAACAGUAAAGACAGUUGCAAGCAGCAGUAGCUACACUUGUAUUAUAUCUCCUAUCCAGUAAUUUAUUCAUUUCAGUGAUUAGCAGUUAGCAUAAUCUUUGGUGUUUAAGUAUGGUUUAUUACAUUUGUUUAGAAACAGGCAGCUACCAGGCACAACAGAGCAUUCCAUAGCAUGAUGGAGAUUGAAGUAUUACUAUAUAGCACUCAAGUUAUAGAAUUUUGCUGGAAGUGCUUAGCAAAUAUGUGGCAUUCCAGACAUGUGUCCCAACUGUUUCCAAGCUCAUGUUUUUGUUGAUACAUAGGAACCAUGAUAUUUUGAAGUGAGAGCUAUAAUAUUGUACAUUCCACCUGUGCAUAUUGCUUUGUGUUUUGUUGCAGGCAGGUAGUACUGUACUGCAUUUUUUACCUUGAUUCUGACCUUCCAAGAGUAGAAAAGUCUACAAGUUAUUACUGGUUGUCAGCAGAGUGUUUUGUGUCAGGAUAUACUGACAAAUACUGCUACAUAUCAGAGCCUCAUCUGAGUGGUUUAGUUUAAGGCUUCAGACUGAGUUAUAAAUUAUCAUAUUGACUGACAUAAUUACUAUUAUUUUUUAGCAUUAUGAAAUUUAAGUAUUGCGAUAUACGAUGACAUGUACUUCACCAUUCCUCCAUGUGUCUCGAAGGGGACAUGCGUGAUGUGACUUAUUUCAGCUUCUUGGUAUGAUAGCCAAAAUCAAAAGGUUUAUUUUAAGCAUACUAUUGGCCCUUAGAGUGAGUUUGUAUGACACAUUCUCUGCACCUAGAGGAAGUGACAGACAGCCAUAGUUUUGUAAUAAAGAAGGCAGCUAAACUUUGUGCCCUAUAGAAAAGUAUGUAUUAUCUAAAAAUCCUCUGUGUUAAAAUAAUUUUUCCUAUAUAUAUAUUUUAAGAAAAGUUAAUUUACAAACAUUAUUUUUGUAUUGUGUAGGUUAGGACGAAUUAAUGUCUUAUAUUGUUGUGUGGUGUGGUGGUGUGUGCAUCUUGCAUUGCUGCACGGCACUCCGGGAGGCAGCUGGUGAUGCCCGCGCCAGGAGGUGUUGGGCCAGGGCGGCUGUAAGGAGUGACAGUGUGGGCAGCUAAGGGUUUCCCAACAUAGGGCUUAUUUCAUAUUGUAUAAACAAAUGCAUAUAUUAAAAUCUCAAUUCAUAUUUGUUAGAUAUAUACAUAGUAGUUUAUUUAAUUUAACUUCAUUUGAUAAUUGCUUAUAUUUUUAUGAGAAAAAGUAGAUUAAGUAUAUUUUUUUAUUCAUUAUCAUUUAUCUAGUUAUAUUUCUGAUCUUCACUUAUUUCUGGAAAUGUUGGAGAGAAUGUCCUUUGCAGCCAACUCUAGUUUGACUUUUCCAGACAUUCCUUGCAUUCUUCCGUCCUUUUAUUUCUCCCUGACUUGUUUCCUUGGUAAUCUUGUCUUUCAUUGGCUCUUGUGCCUUGCCCACCCACCCAUCCAGCUCUGUCCUCAAGCACUGCUUGAUUCUUAUGUUCUGUGAAAGAUUAAAACAUUUACUUAAUAUUUAAAGUGAUAGACUAAGUAAUAUAAAUUUAUUAAUAUAUGUAUUCUCCUUUAUUAUGCUGCUGGUCAUGGUUAUAUAAAUGAUUGUUUAUAAUUAUUUGCAGAAAGCUACACAUUUUUUUUUAUUUCAGAGAAACUUUUUUAGUCAAAAUAUCUCUUAUGUUCAGUAGGUUAGCAUUAUUUUGUUUGAUACACUGUGUUUGUGUCUGUGUGGUAGGAAUCAUUGGUUAUGAGUAUUCACCAACUGAUUAGUUAACAAUUUGUAGUGAAACAUGGCCUGUGUCAGGAUACUUGUUACACCAUUAGCUGAGUGUUCUCUUCCAAGACUCUGAAAGAGCAGCUCAAAAGUGCAAUGUACAUACAUUAAGAAAUUGCAUCAACUGUGAAUUUUCUUGUCAUGGGAGAAAGAUCUCUUGACUGAUGCACAUUCAGUCUUUUAUAUAAGUUUGUUACUUGAAAAAUGUAGGCAUUAAUGCAUGCUCACUGCCAUAGUAAUGCUCUGUGGUUGGGAAUUUAAGAUAUUUACAUAUCAUGCAUAAUCUUUAGGAGUAUAUGAGGGUGAGCCAGAAAGUAUUUGCAAAGAUUAUUUUUUUCAGCUGUGUUGUAUUGACCACACUGUGCUUGUCAUGUUUUGGUGAUACAUUGUCUGCACCACCAUGAACCCGUGUCAGCCUCAGAGCCCAGCACCUGCCACCUCACCAGGGCUUGCUUGCCUCUCUCUGCGUGUAUGUGAAUGUCAGUGGCUGAAGGAAUGACAUCAUACCACCAUCUUAGUCAUCAUCAUCACCAUCACCAUCAUUAUUGUCAUCAUCAUCAUCAUCAUCAUCAUCAUCAUCAUCAUCAUCAUCAUUAUUUUCAUUAUCACCACCACCACCACCACCACCACCACCACACUGCCAUCAUCAUAUCAUUUAGGGAAGUGCAUUCAGAAGCCAUACUCACCAGGUGGCAUCCAGCUCAGCUACAUUGUCAUAUGGAACAUGCUUGACAAAUCAUUCAGGAUUCUUACCUCAAGACCUCAUCUGCUGUCAUCUUUGGCACACUACUGUACCUUCUUCCAUAUUCAAAAUACUUAAACACUUCACUCAGCCAUCUUCAUUCUCUUCCUGUACUGUUGAAUCAGAACUGCAAUUCAGACCAAUUACUGCUGAAUUUCCAGUGCAGAGCCAUUGACUAAGGUGAAGAUGUGGUUUUGAUCUCAUAGUGUUCUUAUCUAAUGUGGAUAUGAAUCUUAUACUUUUAGAAGGCAGACUCCAUGUCAGAAUGGGUCAGCCUAGGGCUCCUGAUGGCAGCUUUCCACAUUACAUGGCAAAGCACAUGUUAAGUAUCCAGGUUUCUGUGUUCUCUGAAGUAUUUUUUUUUCAUGUUUUCUUUAGUCUACAGUAUUUAUAGGUGUUAUACCUUUCACUUUAUAGUAUUUAACAGUUAACUCAUUUUUAUGCUUUCAACAUGAUGAAGCAAAUGCAAUGUAUCAUAUGACCGUUGGAGUCACUCCCUCUGCUUCUUUGUUACUACAGACAUGUCUUACAGUAAUAAUGUAUAUCCACUUAAUUUUUAGGUUAUUAAAUCUUACAGCCAUUUUAAGCUCAGUAUGUACACACACACACACACACACACACACACACACACACACACACACACACACACACACACACACACACACACACACACACACACACACACACACACACACACAGACAGUCAUAAGCUUUGUUCCUACAUUGUGGUGAAAGUGUGAAGUACAUGUGUGGUGUGGGUGCAGGUCAGUGCAUGAAGAUUACAGUGGCUUGCUCUGCCUGCUGGGACUGAAGCUUUCACUGUUACAGACAGUGUGUUCACACAGCUUACACACAGUGACUUUAAACAUAUUUUUGCUUAGACUUUCUGGCUCAUGAGGAUGUAGAGAGCUAUGAAAAUUAUUUACAUCCUUUAGUAUUUAAGUUCAAUAGUUUUAGUGCUGUGCAUAUAGCCACCUGGAGUUUAUGUAACAAAUCAUAAGAAAUACAGUAUUUUCAUGCAAAUGAUCUGCUUCACCUCUUCCAGGACUCUAUACAUGCAAGCUGUGUACACUGCCUUUGUAUUGGUAAGAAGAUUGUGCAAUAUAUAUACAUACAUAUAUUUUCAUUUAUCAGUGUUUUUAUAAUAGUUUGUGUAUUUGUGUAACAAAACUGCUGUAUAUGAAUGACUUAAGUAUAUUAGGGAGUGAGACUUAAGAGAACACUGUACAUUAAGGGUGGAGGUUUGGGAGAGUGAAGGUGUGAUGUAAGCUCCUCCUGUCCCAACUAGUGGUGGCACUGCCUGCAGACACCAACACUGCCUCUGUGUGGCUCAUGACCUGCACCACCACCGUUACCAUUCAUUUGCAGAGCUAUUAUUAUUAUUAGUGCUAUUAAUAUUAAUAUUUUUUAUUAUUAUUAUUAUUAUUAUUAUUAUCAUCAUUAUUAUUAUCAGUGUUCAUGUUUAUUCUGUUUGUUUAUUGAUUGCUUUAUUUUGUAUGCAUGUGCAAGGUAUGGUAAUGGAUGAGUUAUGGUAAUGGUAAUGAAAUUGUUAUUGUUGUAUUUUGUAUUAUUAUUAUUAUUAUUAUUAUUAUUAGUGUUAUUAUUUAAAAGAUAGCACUAUCGUCAUUACUACUACUACUACUACUGCUACUGCUGCUGCUGCUGCUACUACUACUACUACUACUACUACUACUACUACUACUACUACUACUACUACUAUCACGAGCAGCACAACAAAAAAACUACUACUACUACUACUACUACUACUAUUACUACUACUAUAGCAAAUGUAACCAAAAAUACCAAAAAAUAAACUGCGAAGGCCAUUGAGGCACUGAAUGUGGGAGGUGACAAGUGAAGGGCGUGACGCGGGAGGGAGAUAGGAAGACGUGUAUGUACUCGUAUAGUGGUCUACUUAGGGCGAGGGGGAGGACUAGGCGUGUUGACCCGGCAGCUGUACAGUAGCUCAAGCUCGUCAAGAAUAAAUACUAUGCCACCAAUAAAGAAAGGCAAUUCUGUAA